UGUAGCUUCACUAGCAAGUGCUGACUACAGGGAAUCACACCAUCUGAAGCCAGCCUUUCACACUUACAACCUAAAGGCCUGAAAAAUGAAACCUAAAAUGAAGUACUCGACCUCUAAAACUUCUUCAGCAAAACGGAACAGGAAAGGUGACAAAGCCCUGACUAAAUCUUGCAAGCUAAGAAAAUCCCAGAAGAAUGUAGAAGAAAUUUGCCAUAAGUACUAUAUGAAGCUACGAUCUGGCCUUACCAUAGAAAAGAAAGCCUGCUACUUUAGGAAAGAAAUCACCAAAACGUGUACAAUCAAAACAGGUGAAAAGCACACAAGAAAAUACAAAGUACUUGCUGCCUGUGCACAGCCUACUCUAAACCGCUCUUUCUUUAAAGCACAUGUGCGCCAAGAAUCUACUUCAGCACUAAGCACACCAAGUAUUGGAGGAAUUCCACUUAUUGAAGAAUCUUGUGCUUCCCUAAGUACAUACAAUGACCAAUCCAUUAGUUUUGUUCAGGAGGAUGGAAGUUAUGUGAUCAUUGUUGAAGACUUGGGAGAAGAUCAAGAAAAAGACAAGGUACGAUUGCGUUACUAUGAGUCUCAAUUACCCUCAAAAGAAUCAGGUGAUGAAGUUGAUGGCAAGCUGCUGAUGGUCAACAUGAGUCCUACAAAAGACAAAGACGUCUGGCUGCAUGCCAACAAGAAGGAGCAUUCCGUGGAGCUCCAGAAGUGCGAAUCCACAUUGCCGGAGCAGGCCUUCUUUGUCCUUCAUAGAGAGUCCUCGGAAUUUGUUUCAUUCGAGUGUAAGAGUAAUCGUGGAACCUACAUAGGUGUAAAAGAUAAUCAGCUUGCUCUAGUGGAAGAGAAGAAUCGGAGUAGUGAGAAUAUCAUGUUUAGGCUCUCGCAGACUUAAUGCAAUAGAAAGCUCGAGAUGCUCACAAAUGCCAUUACUGGAGGAGGGACAAGAAUGCUGUAGAAGGUUUUGCUUCUUAUGUGUGAAAAUAUUUUUUCUAAUCCUUCAUUUCUGUUUUGAUUUCCUUCUGUACCACUACCUGUUUAAUAAAGGUAUGAAUAUAUUAAGUAUUGAUUUUUU